GAUGACUGUCAGGUAGGCUUGAGACGACCGAAUGACGUUUUGUAGCUCGGCUGCAUCACUGCAAGGGUACUUCAGCAUCGAGCAGAGCGCACGACGGGAUCAGGCGUGAGCUACUGACUGCUUCUUUGCCGCCAAGCGACCUAGCAGAACGAGUGCGCCCUCUUUGUCCUUUGCGUCGCCCGCCGUCGACUUGUCAUCGAAGACUGCCUGGGCCAACCUCCUUGCCUCGUCUGGCUCCGAGUCGUAAGCUGCCUCAGCCUGCUCUAAGCUCAUGAUGUCGGUGGCACGCUCACUCGACUCGACUCGUGCGCGUCGUAAGCAGCGACAGUCACCCAAAGCUCAAGGCAGCAGCUUCUCCCACACACGCAGCCCGACAAGUCUCAGCACGCCAGUGAGGGCUAUUGACAUGCGGCUGUGGCUUGGACGGCCGCCCAAGAGCUGCCGAUCGUGCAGCUCAGCAUCGAAUCGGCGCGCGCAGCUGCUCUGGCUAGCAAUCUUGGGCUUGCUGUGUCCACUGCAAGCGUCGGCGCAGAAGCCGACGAGCUCCUUCACACGCAUCGAGAACCUGCCCAGCAGACUGUUCUAUUUCGACGAUACGCCUGUCAUACUAUACCAUGAUGCAGUAUCGAGGGAUACCUGGCGCUCCCCAGACGAGGGCAAGACGUGGGAGCUAGCCAAAGAUGUCACGCGAGGCGAGAGCUGGACAAUCGUCGAGCAUCCUUACGACAACCGCAUGGCAUUCAUCAUGUCCAGAGAUCGCAAGCACUACCGCACCAUAGAUCGAGGCCUGACUUGGCAACAUUUCGAAGCGCCAUUACCAGUAGCAGUCGGCGUGCCUGCUCUCACAUUUCAUUCACGACAGCCAGAGUGGAUCCUGUACACUGGCCAAGAUUGCGAGAGCGAUGGCGGCUGGCUCGGCAAAGUGUGCUACGAUGUCUCUUUUGUGACCAGAGACGCCUUCUCGAGCGAUCCCAAGAAGAUGCUCGAACACACUUCAAAGUGUAUCUGGGCGCACUCGACCCUCGAAGCAGCCGCUGAUGUGCCAGAUGAGCAAAUAUUCUGCGUCGCGUUCGAGGCGCCAUCAGACAAUGCUUCCUCGGGGGGCAUGCGCAGCCUCAAGGAGUCAAGGCUAUAUGCCUCGACUGAUUUCUUCGACAAGGAUCGUCGCUUGAUCGAUCUUGGCAUCGGCAAAGAAGCUCGGGGGCUAGUCGGCAUCGGCGGCAUCAAGAAGUACCUUGUCGUUGCUCUCAGACCCCCCUCGGCGUACAAUGGCGGCACAGACAGCGAUGGCGCAGACCAGAUGCUGAUGUAUGUUUCCAAAGAUGCCACAAAUUGGUCCCGGGCAAUGUUCCCACAUGGCCACGGACUCAAAGAGAAUGCGUAUACCAUUGUCGAAUCGACUAGCCAUUCUAUCCUCGUCGAUGUACUUACAGAUCCGAGCGCCAACUCGGGUACACUGUUUACAAGCAAUUCGGAUGGUGUGUUCUUCGUGCGCUCUCUCGAAAAUACCAAUCGCAAUGUCAACGGCAUCGUCGAUUUCGAAAAGUUGCAGAACAUAGAAGGCGUUGCCAUCGCAAAUACUGUGGCUAAUGCGGAUGAAGUCAAGGGAGGCCAGCAAGCAAAAGACAUUGUCUCCAAGAUCACCUGGGACGAUGGGGGUCACUGGCAGUUAAUUGCUGCGCCCAAAGUCGAUCACAAGGGCAAGGCAUUUAAGUGCGAUGUCUCCAAUGUUGAAUUGUGCUCCCUGCACCUGCAUUCAGUCACUGCUCCGCACAACUUCGGCCGUGUCUUUUCAUCCACCGCGCCCGGACUUGUGAUGGGCGUGGGCAGCGUAGGCGACCAUCUGCUCGAUUAUGACGACUGCGAUACGUUCCUCUCGACAGACGCGGGUGUGACUUGGCGCAUGAUCGACGAUGGGCCUCAUAAGUACGAGUUCGGCGACGCUGGCAGUAUCCUCGUCCUCAUCGAAGAUGAUGAAGCGACAGAUCAUGUCAAGUACAGCUUCGAUCAUGGCAAGACGUGGGAAAAGCUUGACUUUGACGUCAAAAUCCGCGCAAAGCUUCUGACGACCGUGCCUGACUCGACCUCGCUCAAAUUCCUCGUGCUUGGCACCCUCGACAAGGGCGCAAAGUCACAGGACGGUAAUCGGCACGCAAUCGUGUAUCUUGACUUUGCUACCAUGAACAAACGACACUGCGAGGAAAGCAGAGGCGAUUUCGAGAAAUGGUACGCGAGAGCAGGCGGCGCGAGCGCACCCGACUGUCUUAUGGGCCACAAGCAGUGGUUCCAGAGACGUAAGGCUGAUGCAGACUGUGUCGUCGGUGAGAAGUUCAAGGAUCCUGUCGGUACAGAAGAGAAUUGUCCCUGCACAAACGAUGACUAUGAGUGUGACUUCAACUAUGUGCCCGACAAGAAGCUGUGCGUACUUGCUGCGCCAGAGGUCAUUCCGCCUGGUCAGUGUCAGAAGGAUGGCGAUCAAUUCCUGGGCUCGUCAGGCUAUCGCAAGAUACCUGGCAAUAGCUGUCAACCAACGCCUGGUCUUCGCAAAGACGAAAAGGUCAUGAAAGAUUGUUCGGAGGGCAAGCAAGCGCCUGGCAAAGUCACCCAUCAACGCACUGAUUUCGACUCGUUAGUACUCGAUCAGCAGUAUUUUGCUGAUUCGCAUGCGCUCUUGGCAUACACGCUCGAUCAGCAAGUCUGGCAGUCUGACAACGAAGGCUUUGCAUGGCGCAAGUUAGCUCUCGAUGGUCCAAUUCUAGCCAUGACCAUGCAUGCAUAUGCUCGCGAUCACGCCUAUUUGAUAACGUCAAGCCGCAAGGUGCACUAUACGACCAAUCGAGGCGAGCAAUGGGCUACCUUCGAGGCGCCAAUGGAAGCGAACGGGCUCGGCAUACCCGUGCUGGACUUCCACCCAACGCGAGCAGAAUGGCUGCUCUGGACUGGCAGCAAAGACUGCACGUCAUCUGUAUCGACGACAUGUCAAGCGGUCGCCUUCAUGAGCAAAGACAACGGUCGCAAUUGGAAGCAGAUCGAGCACUACAUCCGGACGUGCUCAUGGGCACGCGACAAGAAGUUCAAAAUCGAUGAAACAAUGAUCUUCUGCGAGUCGUAUCGCACUAAGAGCGGUAGCCAGCGCGCAUUUGAAGAUAACGCGCUCGAGCUCAUCGCUGGGAGGGACUUCUACAAUCGCAAGCAGAAGCUAUUCGACUCUGUCGUCGGAUUUGCCACGUUCGAGGAGUACAUGGUCGUGGCUGAAUACAUCGAAGCGACCGGCGCGCUUAAUCUCCGAGUCUCGCUCGACGGCAAGACAUUUGCGAAGGCGCAGUUCCCACCAAGCAUGCGCCUUGAAUCUCAGGCGUACACCGUCCUUGAGUCGGUGACUGAUGCGGUCUUUCUUCACGUGACCACGCAUCCGACCAAAGGCAGCGAAUGGGGGAGCUUACUCAAGUCGAACUCAAAUGGCACCUAUUUUGCAAUGUCGCUCGAAUAUGUGAAUCGCAACGAGCGCGGCUUCGCAGAUUUCGAAAAGGCGAUUGGCCUCGACGGUAUUGCGGUCAUGAACAUCGUCAGCAAUCCUGAAGAUGCGAGUGUGACAGCUCGCAAGGAUUUACAGACUAGAAUCACACACAAUGAUGGUGGAAGGUGGAAAUCGAUACCACCGCCUGCCCGAGACUCGCUGAACCAGCCUUUUGCUUGUCAAGGCACUAAGUGCUCCUUACAUCUUCACGGCUAUACCGAGCGUACCGAUCCACGAGCGACAUACAGCAGUCCGACAGCAGUCGGCCUGAUGGUUGCAGUCGGCAAUGUCGGUGAGAAGCUCGGGGCCUACAACGAUGGGGACCUCUUCCUUACGCGAGAUGCCGGCUUCACUUGGCAAGAGGUGCGCAAGGACGCGCAUCUUUGGGAGUAUGGCGACCAAGGCUCCAUCAUUGUGAUUGCCAAUGACGAGCAAGCGACUGAUCGCAUCAGCUAUACGACGGACGAAGGCGACAGCUGGCAGGAUUAUGUGUUUGGCGAGGCGAUACGCGUGCAGUCCAUCAUGACUGUACCCAGCGAUACUAGCCGGCGCUUCGUUCUGUUCGGCUAUUCGCCCAAGAAGCAAGAUGUCAGCGUCGCGAUCCAUCUGGACUUUUCCAAGCUUUCAAACGUCAAAUGCAAAUUGGAUCUUGCAGAUCCCAACGCAGACGAUUUCGAGCUCUGGUCGCCUUCAGAGAACCGACAGGAGGAGUGUCUGUUUGGCAGGCAAACGCUCUAUCACCGGCGAAUACGAGGCAGGAGUUGCUACAUCGGUGAGCGAUUACCGGAAGUGCAUAGCAUCGUGCGAAAUUGCACCUGCAGCGAGGAAGACUUCGAAUGCGAAUUCAAUCAUCGCCGCAAUGCGAAAGGCGAAUGCGAGCUCGUCGAGGGCGCGUUCGCUCUACCGUCUGAUCCCGGGACUUGCGGCCUGUACGAUCAAUUCUGGAAUGAGCGAACAGCAUAUCGCAAGAUCCCUUACUCGUCCUGUCAGGGCGGUCUUCAGCUAGACAAGGGAGCGCAACACACUUGUCCCGGCCACUCGCGGCACGGAUGGUUCUGGUGGAUUUUCGUCGUCGCCAUUUGUGGUCUCAUUGCCGGGCUAUUCGGCUUAUGGUGGAUGAGAAGGCGAGCAAAGGGAUCAAUCAGGCUGCCCGAGCCUGGCUGGGACGACUCAUCGGCGACGUCAAUGCUUGCGUCUGUGCCUUAUCACCUGCUCGGGGUUGCUUCGGCUGCCUUUGCUUGGUUGCAGCGCUUGCCGAUGCCCAAGCGCUUGAGGCCCAAGCGAGGGUACCGGUUACCUCAUGAGGACGAUGAUGCUCAGCUGCUCUUUGAUGACGAAGAGUGAUUGCAAUGCAUGGUGCAUGGUUUAGGGUGAGCAG